AGAGGAACUGGGGUCUCCAGUCACGGGAGCCAGCUAGGGCUGCAGGCUGGAAGGGAACUUCGCUGCUGUGAGCAGAGCUGGGGCCCAGGCCGAGGGAGGACGGGCGAGGGUCUCCAGCUCAGGAUGGGGGUCCCCCGGCCUCGGCCCUGGGGGCUCGGUUUCCUGCUCUUCCUGCUGCCGACACUACGCGCAGCAGACAGCCAUUUCUCCCUCCUGUACCACCUCACGGCGGUGUCCUCUCCUGCCCCUGGGACUCCUGCCUUCUGGGUGUCCGGGUGGCUCGGGCCACAGCAGUACCUGAGCUACAAUAACCUGAGGGCCCAGGCUGAUCCGUGCGGGGCUUGGGUCUGGGAAAACCAGGUCUCCUGGUACUGGGAGAAAGAGACGACAGACCUGAGAAACAAGCAGGAGCUCUUUCUUGAAGGUCUCAGAGCCUUGGGGGAAGGAGGACCCUACACCCUGCAGGGCCUGCUGGGCUGUGAGUUGGGCCCUGACAACACCUCGGUGCCUGUGGCCAAGUUUGCUCUGAACGGCGAGGAUUUCAUGAAUUUCGACCCCAAGUUGGGCACGUGGAAUGGGGACUGGCCCGAGACUGAGACCAUCCGGAAGACGUGGAUGCAACAGGCCGGGGCGGUCAGCAAGGAGAGGACCUUCCUGCUCAACUCCUGCCCCCAGCGGCUGCUGGGGCAUCUGGAGAGGGGCCGUGGAAACCUGGAGUGGAAGGAGCCGCCCUCCAUGCGCCUGAAGGCCCGACCCGGCAGCCCCGGCUUUUCUGUGCUCACCUGCAGUGCCUUCUCCUUCUAUCCCCCGGAGCUACAACUGCGAUUCCUCCGGAACGGGCUGGCCGCCGGCUCUGGUGAAGGAGACCUUGGCCCCAAUGGCGACGGUUCCUUCCACGCCUGGUCUUCGCUGACAGUCAGAAGUGGCGACGAGCACCACUACCGCUGCCUGGUGCAGCACGCAGGGCUGUCACAGCCCCUCACGGUGGAGCUGGAAUCACCAGCCAAAUCCUCGGUGCCAGUGGUUGGGAUCGUCGUCAGCUUCUUACUGCUCACGGCAGUGGCUGCAGGAGGAGCUCUGCUGUGGAGGAGGAUGAGAAAGGGGCUGCCAGCCCCUUGGAUGUCUCUCAGUGGGGACGAUGAAGGGGCCCUCCUGCCCACUCCUGGUGUGCCCAAGGAUGCUGACUCUUAGCAUGUAAAUGCAUUCUCAGCAGCUGCCUGAUGAUCAUCCUCCAUCCUGGCUACCACCAGCUAAUGUAGUCAGGUCCCCUUCAUGCUGUGAGACCUCCUGGAAUCCUGGUAUUUCUGAGCCUCCAGAAAGAGUCCUGGGCCGGAUGACCUUCUGGAUUUCUCCUUCUGUGGCCUGCCUCAGUUUCCCUUCCUGAUGAUCAUGGCUCUUUCCCACCUCCACAUAUAAACAUGAGUUUGGGCCCGAA